UGAACAUUAUAUCCUGAAGCAUUAUAGUGUGCUGCGCGCGGAUACUUGUCAAUUAUUUUUUAUUUUGUUUUUCUCUGUGUUGGGACGGCAGGACGGGCUGCAAGGGCCGAAACUUUUGAAGAUGAGUAUUGAAUGUGGCAUGCUUGUCAUUGAAGGUACAUGCACCCCAGGCCCAGUCUGUGUCUGCUAAGCAUGGUGGCCUGUAGCAUGCGCCUAUGGGCUAUGAUGUACAUAUGUUGCUUGGCGCUGCAUGCGAUUUCAUCACCGUCAGAUCGGAAACACUUCUGAAACCGCUUGUCUCAUUCUUUUGUCCUUUACCUGUCUGCUACCCAUAUCAUACCUUUCUACCCGGGCAAACAUUUAUUUCUGUCAAAAUACAGCAUGAACAAGAACAGGCGCGUAUAAGAAAUCGACGAGACGGUGAUGACAGUUUCAGAAGUUUCCAUAUAUAAUUGACAAAAAUGGAUGCAGACAAACAACUCAAGACGCUGAAGCAGACCCGUGCAAGGAAGCUGGGAACACUGACUAGGACAAGACGGAGAGCAUUCAUUCUGAUAGAAGCCAAGGGAAGCCGCACUGAGUUGACAAAGAUACUGAAAGAAUUGGACCUGACAUUCGAAGCUGUUCAAGAAGCUCAUGAUAGUUUUGUCGACCAGCUUACACAAGAAGAAGACGUCAAAACGGCAGUAAAGUACAUAGAAGAUGUCGAGAAGCAGUACUCUGAUGCUGUGGAAAGGAUAAGUGAACAUUUGGAGGCGAGAAAGGAUGAAGCACCUUCAGUUGCCUCAGCGGUGGGUCAAGUGGCUGCCAACUCUGCGGUCUCAGAGCGAUCCGAAGUAGCAAAGGCUAGAGAAGCUGAAAUACAAGAACGUAUCAAGGAGAUGGAGUUUUCCCAGAUGAAGAAACAGCUUGAAAUAGAACAACAGGAGCAAGAGCUGAAGCGCAAGCGUAUGCUGCAGGAGGCGGCAGAUGCUCGCUCACGAGCCGCGCUGGAAGCGAGUCUGCAGAAAGCAGCGCUUGACGAUCUGCAAUGGGAACGGAGGAAUGAUUUUCCGGACCUCACCGAGCAAGAUGUUCAUGCGCCAAUGGCUCAUCACGAUCAAGGAAAAGAAGCACUCAUGACAGGAACCGUUCUCGAGCCUGAGGACAAGGCGUCAAGCAGACGCUGUUGCUCGGCAUCCAACAGGAACACACCGAAAGUGACAUUGCCACAGUUCAGUGGCAAUUCACUGGAAUGGCCGCAGUGGUUCGGUUUGUUCUGUGCUCUCGUGGACAGUCGGGACGGACUCUCUGAUACUGAAAAAAUGGUGCAUCUCCAGGCAUCAGUUAUUGGACUGGCAAAGAAGACCAUAGCGGGAUUCAUGUACAGCCCCCACUUGUACCGCGACGCACUCAUGGUGCUGCAGGAGAGGUUUGGUCGUCAAAAGGAUAUCGUCCGUGCUCACCUCAGUACCCUGUUUGGUGCGCCGCGCAUCGGCGUCUCUAGUGCUGCUGCUCUAGAAGAAUUGUACACAAAAGUCAAUUGCACAGUGACAGUUCUCCAGAGUCUUCACUGUGACGGUGAUCUGAUGAGUCACGAAAAUCUGCAACGAAUGGUCGAGAAACUCCCCGCCGAUCUCAGAAGGGAGUGGAGCAGACAUGAGAUUGAGUCGGAACUCAGUUCACCGUCGCUAGCCACGUUCAGCAAGUGGCUUGGGGGACAGGUUAAGAUCGCCUUGAACUGCAUCGAUCCCGUCUCGCAUGUACUUGAACGGAGGACAUCGUCGAAGAGAGCUACUUUGUUGACAAGUACUGACCACACGGCGUGCGUCUGCUGUGACGGAACUCACCACCUGGCGGAUUGCAGCAUAUUCGCCGGCUGGUCUGUGGGAAACAGAGCGCAGUUUGUGGCUGACCGUGGACUGUGCUUUGUAUGCCUGCAGCACGGUCAUCUGAUAAGGACCUGUCGCUGGGCUAAGCCAUGCGGAGAAGAAGGUUGCACCAUGCGUCAUCACGAGCUGUUGCAUGGCAGCAGUCGUGUAUUUCGAAGGCAGUGGCCUGUGGAGGAAGCUCGGCAGCAAGAUCAUGUCGUCAAAAGGCAAACAUCUGCAAAUGACGCUCAAGCACCAACGCAAGUGGAGACUUCUGUUCAUCGCACGGUGGCGACUUCGUUUCCGGUUGACGAGUCCGAGACACUAUUGCAGAUAGUGCCAGUUCGUAUCCACGGCGAGGGCAGCACGUUCGAGGACGUCUUUGCUCUGCUCGACCCUGGGUCGCAGACCUCACUCUGUGCUGCCGAUGUGCUGACAUCCUUGAAUAUCACAGGAACACCGAGUGAUCUUUGUCUCCAGAACGUUGAAGGCAGUGGAAGCCCUCAGAGCUCACAGAAGGUAAAGCUCCUAGUGAGCCCUCGAAGUGGUGAUCAAGUACCGAUAGAAGUGUCCGAGGCCUUCUCAGUUCCCAGACUAAACGUGAAGCCACCGCAGAUAUCAGCUAACCAGAGAUGCAGGUGGGAGCAUACAUUGGACUUGGACAUUCCGGACUACAGGGGAGUGGAGAUCAAACUGCUCUUAGGGGCAAAUGUCAUCGAAGCCGUCAUUCAACAGGAGGUGAGAAUCGGCAGACCUGGUCAACCAGUAGCAGUAAGAACUGCGUUUGGGUGGACAUUGACUGGCACGGUCAAGGGUCUGGUCCCAGGACCACUCCGGCACGUCAUGUUCAUCAGGAAAGCCCCAGUGGAACACGACCUCACGUCUGCGAUCGAAGACUGGUGGAAAACUGAGUCGUUCGGGGUGAAGAUACAUCAGCCUCUAGCAAGGUCUGUUGAGGAAGAUCGCGCUGAGAAGAUCAUGGGAGCAAGCGUCGGCGGGGUUCAAAUGGGUUGGCACUUUCUUUCACUGAUUUGGAUCAGAGGAUUCCCGAAUCUCCGCGAUCCUGUUAGCCACAAAAGUGUGGAAGCGCCGGCUCUCGUUGUUCAGAUACUUCAGGACAACGACGCUGUCACUCCAAAACACAGUCCGAUGUAUCUGGUAAGUCAGUUCCUUCACGAUGGCUUCUGAUAGUCGGGCAGCCAUCACCGCUGCCUGGAGUUCGAGACGGACAAUUGAAAGCUGCUUCAAAGGCGCGACUCGUGUCUUCGCUGCAAUGAAGCCGACGUUGAUCCCGCCAAGCUGCACUGAUCUGAGGAACGCCACCGCUCCAAAGGCCGACUCCGACGCAUCACAGAAUAUAUGCAUCUCGUACCUCCGCUCAUCGUCUUCUAGGUUCGGAUGCAAACAUCUCGGUACCACCACGUCACUCAAACGAGGCAAUUCGGCCACCCAUGCGCGCCAAAUGCGCAUCUCAUGCUCAUUCAGUUGCUCAUCCCAUCCGAGACCCCGCGCCCAGAGUCUCUGCACGAGUAGUUUCGCUUGCAGAGAGUACGGUGCCACAAGACCCAUGGGAUCGAACAGACGGGCAACGAUAGCAACAACGCGCCGCUUCGUGAUGUGCUGCGAGGUUUCCACUUCAACACAUCGAACACCCAGAGUAUCCUCGACCGAAUUCCACGGGCAUCCGAGCACGUUCUCCGUCGGUCCAUCCAUACCCGCUCUCUCUUCCUCUGGGACGUCGAGGACGACUUCCUCCGAAUUGCUUCGCCACUUUGUGAGCCUAAACCCACCUCUCGAUACCAGCUUCGUUACUUCGCUUCUCAGUGCUUUUGCGUCUGCGACUGUCUUCUCUGUUCUCAGUAGGUCGUCCAUGUAGACGUUACGCUGGACGGCCGUCGCUGCCUUUCGGGAAAUGACUGUAUCUUCCUGGUGAUCCAUGGCUGUCUUACACAAGACGUAGUUGGCUGAAGCUGGGCUACACCGAGCUCCGAAAAUCGUCACCGUCAUGUUGUAGGCAUCUGGAGGUUUCGUGAGAUCCAGAUUUCUCCAAAAGAAGCUCAGAGCAGGCUGAUCGUCGGGAAUCACACGGACCUGAUGAUACAUCUUUUCAAUAUCACCAACGAUAGCCACGGCCUCCUCUCGGAAGCGUAACAGUACUCCCGGUAGGCUGAGCAGCAUAUCGGGGCCCACCAAGAGCUCGCUGUUGAGAGACGUGCCUUGGAAGGAGGCAGCAGCAUCGAACACCAGUCUGAGCUUUCCCGGCUUAUGAGGGUUGGUAACUCCAUGAUGGGGCAGAUACCAACUCCCGCUUGCUUCGGAGGAGCUGCUGACAGAGCCAAGCUGGCUCAAAGGUCCUGAUUUUCUGCGUGAAGAGGAGGAUGAGUGGCCAACUCAAAGCGCUGUAGAUAUCCUGAACUCUUCGGAUCCGGAAGUGCGGACCGUCGGUGCUACUAGCGCCAGAAGUGCUUCAGGAGAGUUCCUUCCGGAUCCAGCGAGCUUCUCUUCGUGGUUGAGGUACAAAAGAGUGGUCGCCUGGAUGAUUCGAUUCAUCCGAAAUCUCCAGUUGAGGCGAGAGGCCGGGAACCAGCAGCUCAUGACGGGGCCUCUGUCUGCUGCUGAACUGGAGACGGCGGAAGCGGUCAUCGUGCGUGAAGCACAGAACAGACAUUUCGAACAUGAGAUUCGGAGUCUGAGCGCAGGAAGUCUGGUGCACCGAUCGAGUCGGAUCAGGAACUUGUCGCCGUUCCUCGACAAUGCGGGUAUUCUUCGUGUCGGCGGGCGACUAGGCAACGCCCCUCUACCGUUCGCUAGCCGACAUCCGGCGCUCUUGGCAUCAGAAGACCAAGUGACACAUCUGAUUAUAGCGGACGCUCAUCAGCAAGUGUUCCACUCUGGAAUGGAGCGCACCCUCACGGAAGUCCGACAACACUACUGGCCGUGUCGAGGAAGGUCGCUGGUGAAGCACGUGAUCCACAAGUGCCAACAGUGUAAGCGCAGACGCUGUGGUCCGCGAAUCCCGAGAAUGGCCGACCUUCCAGCCAGUCGGUUCGAUGAAACGCGAGCAUUCAACACUGUCGGGAUAGAUUACUUUGGUCCCAUGGAAGUGAAGAGGCUUCGGAAGAUAGAGAAGCGGUAUGGCGUGUUGUUCACAUGCUGUGCAACAAGGGCUGUGCAUUUAGAACUAGCUCACAGUCUAGACACAGACAGUUUUCUGCUCGCCCUGCGACGAUUCAUCGCUCGUCGCGGCAAGCCAAAGCUGCUACUAUCUGACAACGGGACCAACUUUGUCGGGGGAGAGCGGGAGCUCAGAGAAUCAUUAGCAGAGUUGAACCAAUCGAGGAUCACAGAUGAGCUCAGCCAGAAAGGAAUUGAAUGGAAGUUUCUCCCUCCUGGAGCUCCACAUAUGGGAGGCGUUUGGGAAAGGCUAGUGGGGAGUGUGAAAAGAGCUAUGAAAAUGGUUGUGGGGAACAGUUGCCUCACAGAUGAAGUGCUCCACACUGUGCUCACUGAGGUGGAGUCGAUGCUGAACGGUCGGCCCCUCACAUAUAUCAGCAUCGAUGGACGGGAUCUAGAUCCGCUGACACCUAACCACUUGCUUCUGGGCUGCGCGAACGCGAACCUGUCUCCAGGGAGAUUUCAAGAUAAGGAAGUCAACAGUCGAAAGC